AUGUUUGAUACUCAGCUUUUUGAUGGUAAAGUUUUGGUAGUAUCUACGGCUAAGUAUAUAUUUGAAGUAAUAUUUUUACAGGAUUCUAAAAAUAAAGUUUUGAAGUUGUAUUUAAUAGGAUUUUUAGUGGAUGUUGUUUCUGUCCUCUCUAAAAUGAAUCAUCCAAAUAUUGUUCAAUAUUGUGAUUCAUUUGAAGAAUCUGGAUGGUUAUAUAUUAUUAUGGAAUACUGUGAUCAAGGUGAUUUAUACACUAAAAUUAAUAAACAAAAUGGUGUACUAAUGCCUGAGACAUUGAUAUUGGAUUAUUUUGUUCAAAUCUCCCUGGCACUCAAACAUAUUCAUGAUAGGAUGAUUUUACACAGAGAUAUUAAAACACAAAAUGUGUUUCUUACCUCAAAAGGUCGUUUGAAGUUAGGCGAUUUUGGUAUUGCUAAAGUAUUGAAUCAUACAUUGGAUUUGGCGCGCACCUGUAUUGGAACGCCGUAUUAUUUAUCACCGGAAAUUUGUGAAAAUAAACCAUAUGAUCAUAAAAGUGAUAUAUGGGCGCUUGGUUGUGUACUCUAUGAGAUGACAACAUUGAAGCAUGCUUUUGAAGCUGGUAAUAUGAAAAAUCUCGUGUUGAAAAUUAUUCGAGGAACUUAUCCACCAGUUUCAUCAAAAUAUAGUUAUGAAAUCAGAAGUUUAAUUUCCCAGUUAUUUCGUCGGAAUCCAAGAUCGUCCAGUAUUAAUGCAGUCUUAAGAAAACCAUUUCUGUCAAAACGCAUUUAUCGUUAUUUAACAGAAACUGAAAUGGCCGAAGAAUUCAGUCAUACAGUGCUACAUCGACAUUCUAAACGAAAAUUGACAAAGCCUGGUAUCUUCAACUUGAAACAUCCACAUCUUCAUCAGCAGCAGCAACAACCUUCAGUAGUUAAAAAGUCGAGGUUAAAUGAUGGGCUUAGUAACAAAUUGAUGAAAAAAGCAGAAAACAACAAUAAUAGUAACAAUUCACAUAGUACAAAUUCAGAACGACAAAGGGAAUUGAUUGAAAAACAACGGUUGGAGGCAAGAAACAGAAUAAGAGAACAAGGUUGGAAGCAUUUAUUAGAUUAUUCACCUGCAUGCAUUACACCUAUAGUAAAUGAAAAGAACGCGGUUAAUAUAAUCAAUGAUAACCCGAAAGCAAAAGAUACUUUCUUCAAGCCAGUAAUCAAUCCAAUUAGUCAGUCUGUUGAAUCCGAUCCCCCGUCAUCACCAAGUAUGAUCGUAGCAGAAGCUUUCGUGAAAUAUAAACUAGAAAGAGAUCGUAUACAACAAAUACAUUGUUCUAAAGAUUAUGAGUACAUAAGAAAUGAUGCCUAUAAGUGUUACAAUGGAUUCUCUGCACAACCUCUACCAAUAGAAUGUGGAGCUGGUAUGCUAGUAUCUGCAUCUGUAACACCCCAAGUAGACACAAAACCAUCUAACCCUCAACCGUGUAAAGCUAUUAUACCACUGAAACUGAAUGAUAUGUGUCCUUUACUAUAUCCAACUAAUAAUCUUAAAAAUAAUGAUAAAGGUAUCAUCGCCAUGAGCAAUAACAAUAAUAAUAAUGACAACUUGUGUACUAAUGAUAUGACAACGGAUCAAAGUCUUAGUGAAGAUGACAGAAGUAGAGGAAGUAAAUUUCAAUCAGCAUACAAUAAACCUUUUGAACGUGAACUAGUGAAGAAUGAAGAAAUCUGUUCAGCAAUUAAACAAUCUAAAUUAGUUGAGGACUUCAUAUCAGUACGCCAACAGGCAGCAAUAAAUCGUGCACGUGGAGCCGGUCAUAUUAUGGGCGUAGCUGGUAUAUUAGCCGGUUCACCAUUUGUUAACAUAAAUGAAAAAGGGCGAAUCCUUGAACAUCAACGAGAGUUGAAGGCAUUAGAAGAAAAGCGCAAAAAGUUCGAAGCACUGAGAAUAAGUGAUGAAGUGAAGUGA